ACUCACACGGAUCCAAAUUCAGAUUCGCACGAGGAAGACAAUAACAAUCAUCGUCCUCCUCCAAAGAGGAGCUCUUCAUUUCAAAUCUGAAUUAAUUUAUCAGAUCAGGAUCAAACAUGGGUUUCCUUAUAACAACCCUAAUCUUCGUCGUCGUUGGGAUCAUUGCUUCUUUAUGCGUUAGAAUCUGCUGCAACAGAGGCCCUUCCACGAAUCUGUUACAUCUUACCUUGGUCAUUACUGCGACGGUCUGCUGCUGGAUGAUGUGGGCAAUUGUAUAUAUUGCACAGAUGAAUCCUCUGAUCGUUCCAAUCCUAAGCGAAACCGAGUAGAAUCCUCUACUCAGACAAGAGAACCUCAAACUAGAAAAGGAUGCGCAAAGUCAGUCGAGUGAAUCCAAUCGUUCUGUAUCUUCUUCAAUCUUUAAACAGCUUUCCUGUUUGUAAUUGUUAAUCUUGGUGUGAACAAAUCAAAACCUACCUUUUGGCCUCUUUACUAUUUUGAGAUUUUGUUGUAUUCAUUCAUUCUCCACAAAACAAAGCUGAAUCUCCCUUUUGAGAUUGUUACAAACACUCCCACAAUGUAUUAUUGUUGAUUAAAAUAAGCUUUUUGAAAUAGUUAA